AUGGCUUCCACAUCGAGGAAGGCAGGCACCACGAAAUCAAUUCUGAAACCAGUAAUGACUUUGAAGGGUCAUGGAGAGUACAUUCGAUGCAUAUCCUACUUUCCUGACGGCCAGCAAAUGAUCAGCAGAUCUGAUGACAAGACAGCUUGGCGAUGGGAUUUGAUGGCGGGCAAGGAGAUCGAGGAAGCACGGGGUGUUUGCGAAGAGGUGGUAUAUGCGGUAGCAGUAUCAAGGGAUGGUCGACUGGUUGUCACUGCUGGAGGAGAUUUUGACUUUCGUCCGGAGCUGAAAGCCUGUGAGGUUCAGACGGGGAUGAUGAAAACAUUUGAAGGCCACUCAGGGAGGGUCACCUGCAUCGACAUAUCUGCGGACAGCAAGCUACUGGCGAGCAGGUCAUUCGAUUGUACAACAUGGAUAUGGCACUUGGACACAGGAAAACUCGUGGCUGGUCCGUUUUGGAGCUUUGAUUGGGUGGGCGCGGUUCGAUUCUUGACAGAUUCAAAGAAGCUCGCAAUAAAGUCACAUUUGGGAAAGUGCCUUGAAGUCUGGGAUGUUCAAUCGCAGAAAUUGGAUGUGAUGAUAGAGAAACAAGGUGGACACCGAUUCACAUAUGCGCCGGUGUUCUGGACAAACAAAAACAAGAACAUCUUGGCCGCAUUCACCUUCAAUGACGACCCCACCAAAACAAUCUACGAGUUCGACGUGUCCAUGCUGGAGCCUGUCGGAACUCCUUUCGAAGGGCACACCAAGUUUGUCGCUGGCAUAGCACUGUCUUCCGACUACACUCUCCUCGCCAGUGCUUCCUACGACAAUACUAUCAAGCUCUGGGCCUUCGAGUCCCGCCAACUCCUUGCUUCCUUCGACGUCCAGAAUCCUGACACCCUUGUCCUCUCACCCAACUCGCGCAAGCUAGCUUACAUGGUAUUUACCUACAAUGAUAACAAAAUCUACAUAUGCAACACUCCACCCAAUGUGCUUGCCCAGGCCCGCCAUACCAGUGCACAUAAAAAGUCAACCCUCAAUGAUCUACCAAAUUCUGACGCACUUCGUCGUCAUCCUCCUGCCGUGCGCUGCAGACCACCGAUACCUGUCAUACCAAUGACCCAGAGACCUCCACCUACAAUAAACCCGAAGCAACCUAUUUCACUUCGCCUCCGCCAACUUCUUCGCUUCUCUCCUCAAAUGAAUGCAGUGCACCCUAUUCAACCUCGUAAUACCCUAGAUUUUGAAAUAAGUUCUCCACCUCCCCCGUCGAAUGGUCCAGUCAAACAGUUCCUGCGACAGCACAUUCCUUUCCUCGUGCCAAGUCACGGUCACAUGCCACCAGACGUUGAAGUCGCACCAGGGCGGAAGUUCACUCGGCUGGCUGCUGCCAAUCUACCUGAAUACAAAAAAGUAGACGACACCCGACAUCCGCCUCAGGCUGGAGAGCCACCGCAGGAUAUUGACUCAUCUGACAACGAUUCACUCCCAGACGUGCACUGGAUGCCUCCUCGGUGGCGCUUGGUGCGCGUUGAUAUCCCUCGCCAGAACAGCACGACAAAUGGCAACCGUAGUAGUGCUCGUGGUCGCGGUUAA